CAAGGUGCUCAAAUCACUCCAAAGAACUGACAAGGUUUCGGCUCUCGGCGGGGGCUCCGCAGGUGGGCGCGCCCCACUUCAGAGCUUGCCUGGCCGCUACGGGGUGCACCCCCGGGUCCGUGUGGUGCAGCCCGGAGCAACACGAAUGGGACGAGGGUCCCCAGACAGGGCAGAACUCUGUGGGCUUGCAUUCAGGGUCUGAUCUCGAAGGUCCCCAGGAUGCCUGGUCCGGGGAAGCCCCGGAAAGACCUUACGCGAUGGAAGAAGAAGAAGCAGCCUGUGCGCCGCACGGUCAGCCAGAUCUGCCCGCCGCCCCGACGGCCGCUGACGGUGGCCGAUAUCCGCCCGGGCAUGGAGAACGAGAGGUUGGGGGUCGUGCGUGACUCCAUGUUUCAGAAUCCGCUCAUCGUCAAGGCAGAGCUUGGCAAGCCUCGGGAGAGAAGCUGCAGCCUGCCUGGCAUCAACUUCAAUUACGGACUUUACAUCCGGGGGCUGGAUGGAGGGGUUCCUGAAGCCAUUGGGCACUGGAAUGUGUUUAAGCAGCAACCCACAUGCCCCCAUGAGCUGACCCGGAACUAUAUUGCCAUGAACCGUGGGGCUGUCAAAGCUGGCCUGGUGACUGCCCGGGAAAAUAUGCUCUAUCGUGAACUUAAUGACAUCCGAAUCAGCGACCAGGAAGAGCGGCGACAGAAGGAGCCACCCCCUGCCCCUCCCAACGUGACCUUUGGGAUCCGUUCACGGCCGUCCACACCCUUCUUUGACCUGUUACAACAUCGGUACCAGCAGUUGUGGGUACAGGAGCAGAAGGCCACUCAGCAAGCCAUCAAACUGGAGAAGAAACAGAAGGUGAUCCUGGGGAAGCUAUAUGAGACAAGGAGCAGUCAGUUGAGGAAGUACAAGCCGCCCGUGAAGCUGGAUGCCCUCUGGCACAUGCCUCACUUCCAGAAGCCCCACUGCUUUAGAAUAAUGGCCCAAGCCAUUAAGCUAACAGUUUGAUUUACAAGCUCCUAUGCUCUGGACGUUGGAAUCAGCCUCCUCUUUCUGUGGAAGACUAACCCUGCCUUGGGUCUCCUGGGCCUCUGGCUCCUUAACAGGAGCUAGAGAUGGAGGGAAGAAAAUGCAUCUGCAGUCAGCCAAGCAGGGCCACCCGGAGAAGCAGCCGAUUAGGAGAGGCUGCUGAAUGUAAGAAAAGGAUUUUCUCUGCCACCUUUAAGCUCUCCUACAAAUCAUAGCUGGCUGCAACGUUAACUCUCUGUUAAACCCCAGAGCGUCUCUAACCCAGUCCACCCUACUGCCCCCACCUCUUCCAAGAACUUAGCACAAAGAGGGACCACUCCCUGCCACCUGGGAGUCUAACCUGGGCAUCCCAUUUGCAAGACCCAAGCAUGAAGGACAGAAGGCAGAUCUGCAGCCCUCCCUGAGCCUCAGACUGGAAUAUUUUAAGGAACCUGUCACUCUCAAGUUGGAGUAAGAAUCUUCUGAUGUCACCUGCAAGGGCACUAAGUGCAGGAAGGGGACAUUCACAGGUGGAAUCGGGAGACUGGAGAAUGACUUGGAAGCUUGGUGCAGCCGACCACCCUCCCUACAAACAGCUGUCCUGUUAUAAACAGAUCCGGGCAGAAGAGCUGCCUGGGAGGGAACAGGAAUGGAGACUUUACAUAAUCGGACACUUUCUGGGGUUUCCUGCUCAGGGGGUGACAUUGAUGUCCACAAACAGCCAGAGCUGAAGAUAUGGGACAGGAAAGGAAGGACAGACCUGGGCUGGGGCAGAGGAGAGAGUGGUGGCCAGGUACCUGGAGCGGCAGAAAUAUCUGGAAUGCCUGCUACAGUGGUGCUGGAGAAAAAGACACCAAGAGGGAGCCAAGGCUGGCACCCCACGGGCCCUGUGCUGCCACGUGGGGGCCCAGACCGUGAAUCCUGCCAGCGCCUGGGCAUUUUCAACUUAAUCCAGAAGGUUCUUUUUCCCUCCUGGGUAUGAAAAUAUUUAUGUUGAAAACCAACCAGAAGCUGGCUGUGGUGACACACACCUUUAGUCCAAGCACUCAGGAGGCAGACAGGCGGAUCUCUGUGAGUUCAAGGCCAACCUGGUCUACAGAGCAAGUUUCAAGACAGCUAGAACUACACAGUGAGAUCCUGUCUUAGGAAAAACAGAAAGAAACAAGGAAGAAAGAAAAAAAGAAAAGAAAGAAAACUAACCAAAAUACAGAUAGCUUAUUUAACAUUGUCAAUAUAUGUUUAUGUUUCUUUUCUUUUCUUUUUUCUUGAGACAGGGACUCAUGGAUCCCAGGCUGGCCUCAAACUCACUAUGUAGCCAAGGCAGGCCUCACACACCUAUUUUUAAUUAUAUGUGUGUCUGUGUGGUUAUGUAUGUACAUGUGAGUGCAAGUGCCUGCGGAGACUAAAUUCAUCAGAUCCCUUGUAGCCGGAGUUACAAGCAAGUGUGAGCCAGAUGUGGGUACUGAGAAUUGAACUCGGGCUUUCUACAAGAGCAGUAUGUGCACUUAACAGCUGAAGUGUCUCUCUAACCCCUGGGCUUGAACUCUCGAUCCUCCUGCCUCCACCUCCUGAGCCCUGGAAUUAUAGGUUUGCCCCACCGUACCUGAUAUGCAGUGUUGGGGCUUGAACCCAUGACUUCGUUUGUGCCAGGCAAGCUGAGCUUCCUACUCAGCCCAGCUGCAGAUCUCCAACCGCCAAAGACGGUGAGAAUCUCAUGCUGACUUUUGGGAAUGGGGAGACCUGGAGUUUCUUAAUGUCUUCUUUAUCUCCAAGGGAAUAAACCUUCCCUAAGCUAAGGAGGACUCAGGGAGGAACCUGUGACACAAGGAGGAGCCUGUCCUUUCUGAGGUGUCUUCCUCCAUGUCCCACUUGUCAUCUUCUGUCCACAAGCACCAAAGUGCUUGGUGAAAUGGGGGCCUUAAAGCUGCCUGACGCCCAUGGUGGGUUCUAGCAGGUAAACGGUGUUCCGUGAUUUGGGGGAUAAACCUGGCAUUUGUGGAUAAGCUGGUGAGAUGUAUGCAGCUGUUUCAAGGGCAAGUACACCUUCACUGGCUUCCUAUGGAGAAGAUGCAUCCUCAAGGGCGUCAGAGAACACCCUGGAAGAUACCACAGCCUCCUCCCUUGCUCUACUCAAAGGCAUCCUGGGAAAUGGUAUUUUAGAGCAACACAAAUAAUUGUGGGAGAUUUAACCAAGGACUUGUGGAUGGAAGCAGAUCGAGAAACAGUAAGUGAAGACAAAUUCCCCAGGAUGCGGUGACAGCCAUGUCCUUGACCCCCCAUGCCAAGAUCUUUCUAGGUACCAGCCUGGUGCCUCUGUGAAUUGUCCCAUUUCAUGGCAAUCUCUCAGUAACCCUGUGGCGUGAAAGAGUCCCCUGCUUUGGUGAUAGGGAACCAAGGCUCACAGGCUUACAGUCACAUGCCCAAGUUAAUAGCCAGCAAGGUGCCCAGCAGAGGCUUGGGCUUUGACUGGCAGCCUCCAGGGUCAGGCUCUGCAAGAGCUGUUGAAGGCUGAGGGCUUGAAGCUGAGGUCAGGGGUCAGCGGUGCUAACUGCAGGGCCUGGGAGGAGAGGGGAAGAAAAGGCACUCAGCAGUAAGGCUUUGAUGGGUGUCCAGAGGGUCGUGGCCAGCCCUGCUCUGGCUGAUUUAAGCCCUUGCUGUAAACCAUACUUCCCACUGCCCUGAAAGCCAUAGACUUUGAUAAAACCUCUGACAUCUUUUAAAUUGCAGUUUGGCCCUGAGGCUAAAUAGGAAAGAGGCCGUCGAUGCCAGACUCCGGAUGCUUUGUUGCAAGUGGGAAACAGACCAACUGUGGUAAAUGGCUAAAUUUGCAGGCUGAGAAGCCACAAGCGGGCUCUAUAGUCCAACUUGCCUCACGGCUGCCAACCUCACUGCAAUGUGAGCACAGCCAUCAGGAGGAAUGAGUGCACACAAAGCUUGGCUAGGGGACGGUCACGGCGAAGCACAAUCUCUGGUCUCUGUUAGGCCUGCUCAUCUCCUCCCAUAGGUGCUCUCGAGCAUAGCUACACCUGGCCUCGAGUAAAGAUCCUAGGACCUGAUCCAGCGCAUGUGGGGCAACCUCCAGAUUUGUGCUUUGGCCAGCAGUUAUCAAAACACCCUGGGUCAAGGUCAGCACCACUGCUCGGUAGUUUGAGCGAUUUAUUUACUAGGGUGGGUGGGUGAGUGGCCACAGUGUGUUAUACAGCGAGCUGGCCUCUCCAAGGAGAACCAGGCCUGCUAGUGACAGGCCCUAAGGACCAGUCUGCUCAGGGCUGCUAUCACAGAGUACCCCGGGCUGGGCAGCCUCAGCAGCAGAUGUAGAGCGCUGGCAUUGGAGGCCAGAAACACAGUCUACAGUGCAGGCAUGUUCCGACCAGCAUACCUUCUUACUGCGUCCAAAUAUGAGAAACAUGGCAGGGGGGGAUGACAGAGAUGGGGGUUCCUUAGAUGGCCACCAGUGUCAUCAUUGAUGCUCCUGUCCAUGACCUCAUCUAACCCUAAUGGCCUCCCAGAGGCCCUGCCUCCAGUACCAUCCCACUGGUACUUUCCCUGUGAUUUGAAGGGACCCAUCAGUCCUUGGCAACUUCUUUCUCAAGUUCAGUGCAGAUCUGUCUCCUUCUGCCUCCCACCUCCUGGUUAUAUUUCUGGCUUCUGAAGCCCCCUGAAUCCCUGGCUCCCCCUUGAACAUGACAGCUUUGCAAAUUUCCCAAGGCAGUUACUUUUUCCACAGCUGGCAGGUUCUUGACUGCUCUUGGGGGCAGAGCUCUGAGUGUGGAAAGUAGAGGCCUGCCUUGAAACAAUAGGGGACCACCCAGACUGUGACCUCUGGCCUUCAGCAAUGUCUUCUCCACCUUUAGCCCUUGCCAUGAUUUGUCAAUUGGAACAGUACUUCCACACAUUUCUGAACAAAGCUGUGGUUGAAGAUGCUGUCACAUGCCCCGAUUCAUUCGCCGUGGGGAAAGCUUCCUGGAGAGUGCUCAGGAGAGUCUGCUGGAUUUGGGUAUCAUUUCAUAGUCACAAUAGUAACAGCCUCCCUGCCUUGAAUGCCAGUGCCAGGUACCAGGUGCCAAGUCAUGAGCCUGACAGUGACCCCACAGGACGGAAGGACCAUGUGACCCUGCCUUUGUACUUGAGAAACUGAGGCUCCUGGUUUCACGGCUGGACGGUGAUGGGGCCCAGGCUGGAAGUCAGCUAGCCUGCCUCAGUACCUUCAUCGUUCCCCACGGUAUGCUCGUGCUGUGGGAAGUGUGGUUGAUGUGAAGCUGUGUGCGCCUUUGUGCCCCACAUAGUAGACCUUGAACAAGAGUUAGAAAAUGCUCAACUCGGGGGCCCCAGAACAUCUGAAUUCCACUCUGGGCUGGCUCUGCUUUGUACAACUCUGGAAUAUCUUAUUUCCCCUCACAUGCAAUCCAUUGGGUACCUUCAAGUCACCGGAAAGGAGACAGGUAAAGGUACUGGAGAAAAUGAAACACUUCUUACACUUCUAUUAAAUUGAGCAAAGCAGAUGAAUUCUAAGGGUUCUGUUGUCUCACUGCAGGUUCCUAAUCCAUUCAUGUAUCCAUGCAUCCAUUCAUCCAUCCAUGUAUCUGUGCACCUAUUCAUCCACCCAUCCAUGCUUGCAUGAGCCCAGGUAUCCAUUCACUCACACAUUCAUGUAUCCAUUCAUCUUCCCAUACAUCCAUCUUUCCAUCUAUUUGUCAGUGUACAUUUAUCCAUCAUCCAUCCUUUCGUCUAUAUAGCAAAUAUUAGUUAAAUGUCUAUUGAAUGCACUUAAUGGUAAAGUUAUUCCCAAGACCCUCAGCAGAGUCCCACCUGAUGACAUUUCCCCAGGACACUGUCCCGAACAUGGUGUCGACCUUCUUCCUGUCUGGCUGAGGAUACUUUGCUCUGAUAUUGCUACCUGUGACUUGACAUGGUUAGCAUCAUUGACCAUGGAAAAGUUCUAUUCUUCUUAAAAGACACCGGAAGAAUGUCUUCCUCAUCAUUAUUCCAGUAUGAGACAUAGUGACAUCAAGACCCAUACUUGCAGGCUGAGGCACCAAACGUCUGAGUGUGGCCCUGGCUACCCUAACAGUGUUGCGGGAGCUUCUCAACAGCCUACAUGAAUACUCAAUAAGGUGCAGGGAGGUGCCGUAUGAGCAGGACAGCAAAGGACUUAAUUUACAGUACAAAAUCAAAGACUCUGUCAACCGAGGAACUGUGCGUUCAGAUAACCACCUGAGAAAGCAUUACCAGGGAAAUUUCCAGAGAAAGUAAUUAAGGAAUCCCCAUUGACCAAAUUCAGCAGCAAAAUUUGGAGCUCUGGAGUUUGAAGCUCACCAGGGAUCCAGUGUCUCCCCCCAUUUGAUCCUUUAUCAAAACGAGCAGUGGUGUCUGGGAAAAGAGAUCGGCUGUGAGCCUCCCAGGCUCUCCCUAGCACACCUCUCCAGCACUGCAUGGGCCUGUGUGCGUUGUCUUGUCUAAGAAGCUAUAAGCAAUAAAUGAGAUCAGUGCUUUGUGAGAUGGAGUGAGAUUAAUGCCCCUCUCCUCUUCGAGAACUGACAAGAGCCAGUUAGUAUUUAUGAAGUGCCUGUGGUGUGAGAGAAUGCCUGUGGAUCUGAGAGUCAACACACCACAUCCACGGGCCCCAGCUUCAGGGUGACUCUACUCCCAGACUCUAUCCUCCGUGUGAAGGUACCUACCUUCAUUGGUCAGAGAGGCCAAUGGGUGCUUAGGCAGUCUUUCUAUGAGUGACUGCUUACAGGGACCAUGUAGGAUUGCUGACCAGAUGACCGUUCUCUCUCCCAAGGGGACAAUGUUGAGACAGUCCAGUUCUCGGGGGCUGUCCGAAUUCACAGAGGGUUCUCAGAAAGGUCUCUUCCAGGAUAUCUCCUCUCCUAACCCUCUAGCUUUCUUGAGCUGACAGAGAAAGAAAGUCUUGCUGUCUACUGAUAAGCCAGCAUGACCUUCUAUGUUCUGAGAUUCUGAAAUGGUAGGCAAACUACAGCUGAAUUUGGGGUACCCACUGGGAUAUCCCACUGUUUGUUGGUUGGCUAAGCCCCUGGGGCUGGAGGCCUGGGGACACUCCCCCCCAAAAAAAGAAUAGAGCCAACAGACUCCAACAGACUCCUCUCAUGCGGCCUCUGAAAAGGGGGACCCCCCACCCCCCACCCCUGCCACUUCUCAGCAAUUCAGCUUGUCACUGUGUUUAUUGACAGGCCCAUUGGAAAGAGACCUCCCUGCAGCUGUGAAGUUCUCUCUGUCUCCCAUUCACUCUUUUUUCAGACAGUUUUUGAAAGACGAAAAGUCUGCACAUACACACACACACACACACACACACACACACACACACACACACACACAAACCCCACACUGGCUCCUGGGCCUGGCCCAGCUCGCAGAGGGAGAGGGGUGCAGCCCGGGUGAGCCGAUUGCCGAGCCUCCUCACCUGGUCCCACAGUGCACCGCCUCCAAUUAAAUCAAAACGGUUUGUUUUUAAUGGUCUUUUACGCUGACAAGUGGGCGAUCAUUUUGGGCCCACGAGCUGUCAGGAGCUGAGGCAAAUCCUCCGUUGAUAAUGCCCAAUGCUUCCAAUUAGGAGCUGCGGCCGAUCCUGGCGCGCUAACGAUUCCCCAGUCGCCCCCCAGGCCCCUUUGGCGCUGGCUGUUUCUUCUGCCUCCUCCACCGCAAAUUACUGACACAAAACGGAAGGCCCCUCGUCUCCUCCGCCACGCCAGGCCCGGGCCCUGUUGGGUUUAAUGAGCCGAUGGAAGUUUCGUGGCUCCAGCGCUAAAUUCUUUUCUUGUUUGACAGCUGCUCGGCUAAGGCGAGUGUUGACCUUAUAAAAGAUUUAGUGUUUCUCAUUAUUUUCUGUCAAGCUUCACAGUGAUGGGUGGGUGGUUAUCAUUUGCAUCCCAGGGUGUGUGUGCAAGCAUGUAUGCUAGUGUGUGUGUGUGCCUGAGUGUGUUAGGUGGGGGGCUUGAGGUGGAGACAGAAAUGGGGACAGACAGGGGUCUCUGUGUGUCACAUUUAUCCCCCACUCAAGUGGCAACUUCCAGUGUGACAUUCUUCCUGGGCUGAGGUGUUUCAAAGAGCAGGCAAGAUGCAAGGCCAAGGCGAUGGAUGGUUCUGGGGUUUCCGUGGAGGGAAGCCGUGGUGGAGGUGCCAGGAAAGCCACACUGGGACAGACGCAGGGUGGAAAGACUAUUGGGAUGGUUGGGGGCUUCGCUCAAGACCUCCUCAGGGGAACUCAGUCUUUCCUUACAAGGGCAUGGCCACAGCUUCUCCACCCCUGCUCCAAAGCCUGUUCAAGACUGUGACAGGUGUUGUUUUUUGU